AUGCCAGCUCAUGCGUGGGGCCCUCCGCCCACAGGUCCUGCUGCCUGGCAGAAUCAGACUGGCGCCGGCGGUAACGGCAUCGUCCAGAUUCAACCGCCUGCAGGCCCAUAUCGCGCUGUGCCUCAGCCCGAUGCAACCCUCCGAGCAGCCAAUCCAUCUGGCGUCGAGACCACGCCACCCAUCCCGGACCCACCUGCCAUUCCCACAUUCUCACACAUCCCCUACUUUACCGCAAUCCAGCUCGAGACCCUUUAUGCUCGGCGGCGGGGUGCACGCAUGUCCGCCGCAACAUGGCUCACCAACCGCGACAUCGCCACGGGCUUCAUCCAGUCGGUCGCCUCUCGUCUUGGUUUCCCGCAGCGCACCAUUGCCACCGCACAACAAACAUACCAGCGCUUCCACCUCUUCUACCCACCGUCCGACUUUGUCGUGCACGAGAUUGCCGUCGCCUCUCUCUUUGUAGCAGCUAAACUCAACGACACGCACAAGAAACCAAGAGACCUUUUGCUCGCCAGCUAUGCUCUUCGCUUCCCGCAGCUUGUCAAAGGCGGUGGUGCUACUUCGGGGCAAGAUGCUGCUUCGGCGGUCGACGAGCUGGCCUUUCCUACUCUAGCGGGGCAGAAACGCAAGCACUCCGCUGCAAUCGUUGAGAGUAGCACCGGCCGCAGUAAUGGUGGCGAUACCUCUUCGCCCAAACCUCUCGCUAUGGCAAUUGGCAGCGUAGGAGAAGGCGAUAUCGAUCCUCUCAUCCUCGAGACCGAUCGUAAGCGUCUUAUGGCGCUCGAAAAACUCAUCCUCGAGAGUUUGUGCUUCAACUUCCACAGCAACGCCAACAUCGCGCUCAAGAUGGUCAUCAAGCUCGGCAGGAAAAGCAACUUGUCAAAGCCGUUUAUUCGGACCGCUUGGAAGCUCGCCGCAGAUCUGUUCAGGACAUCGUCACCUAUGCAGUAUCCGCCUAACGUCAUUGCUGUGGCAGCCUUGUAUGCCGCCGCUUUGCUAGCCAGGCCUCCACCAAGGAGCACCAUGCCUAUCGGUCGGGCUGAGACAGCUGCGACCGCCGACGAUGCGGAUGGCGAGGACACACUUGUCGCAUUUCUCCACAGCAUCAAGGCAGUCUCGGCGACGCCAGCACCGCAGUCGAUGACGUCCGAUGCCGGUUCACCAACUUCCAUUCCGCUCUCCGAGCCUUUCCCGGGCUGCGAUGCCAAAUGCCACGUCCACAUCGAAGACGUCGAAGAAGCCGUGCACGAUCUCCUCGAUUUGUACCUGGCAUGCGCUGCCCAACUCCCGCCUUCGCUGUAUAUGCCAUCCGCACCUGGAACGCACGGACACGGUGGUAGUGCGGGCGCCACACCCUCGCCCCUCUCCCCCGCUGACCCUAUGGACGUCUACAAUGCGUCCCCUUCUUCAUCAGGAGGCUUGAGCGACGGGCAGCCCGCGAGCGCGCGUAAAAAGCUCAAGCAGUAUGAAUACUCUCCGCCGCCGUUCGGGCUUGUCGAUUGGCUCAAUUCUUCGCGCUGUACGCAGCUGCAGGGCGUUUCCGGAGCUCGUAAACCCACGGCAGCGGCUACGCAGGGACUGACCGACCCGACAGCACCCACCAAGCGGCUAUCGAUACUCUUGACUGACCUGAAGAUCUACCUGCGUGGGAUCGAGUAUGACCGCCAACGUGCCGACGAUGCGUUCCUGGCUCAACUCGGCGUUUUCGCGGAGGUCAAUGUCAUUCCUCUGCCAGGUACGGAGGGUGUCGAUCCAGCAGCGGCGGUGGCAGGUGUUCAAUCGAUAUUGGUCGGCGCAUCCCAUUCCGUGAUCAUCGAGCUUCGACCACUCGACGACACCGCAUGGGCGCCUAACAGUGGCGCGGGGAUUCUGGCGGACUUGGACGAGAGGACGAGGGGGAUUGUGGAACGCAUCCGUCGACGCAAGCUCGUCACUUCAUUGCGAGCGACUUUCACGGAACCCGAGGUUGAGAAGCGGGCGGGUGUGUCCGCGCACGUUGCGGAGCAGCAGCCGCCGAAAGAACCAGCUGCGGGAGACGCGACAGCAACCAAACGAAACCGCAUCGAACAGGCCAAACGUUAUCUCUUCUAG